AUGAAUCAACCAACAAGACGACUCAUAAAAACUUUAAUCUCAAACAACAAUUUAAAUCCUUCAAGAUUAGGUAUCAGAAGUUUACAUCAAGUACCACCUACUUCAAGUUUACCUUUUAAUGUAGAAACCGGUUUAUUACCAUUCUUAUCAUCGAAAACUUUGAAAACUUUAUCAAUCGAUUGGCAAACUGGAUUAUUAGACAGGCUAAAUCAACAUCUUCAAGGAAGUGAUGCAGAACAUUUAUCUUUAUUUGAUUCGAUCAUACAUCUUGCUAAAGAUCGUACACAAGUUCAAGCUUUUAAUUUAGCUUCAGAAGCUCUCAAUAAUUAUUUUUUUCUCAAUGGCCUUGUAACUUCAACGGAUGUGAAUCAGUCCAAUCGACCAACUGACGGUUCACUUCUUUCUCGUGCUAUUGAUGAUACCUAUGGAUCUUACACUCAAUUUGUUUCUUACUUCUCAAGCGCUGCCAAUGGAAUGGCCAGCUCUGGAUACCUCUGGCUCGUAUGCGAUCAAGAUGGUUUACUAGGAAUCUGUCCUACAUUUGCAAGUGGUACAAUUCUUGUACAAAAUCGACAACAAAGAGGAGACUGGCCAUUACAACUUGGAAAUCUUACUAGGAAUCCUACCACUUCAAGCUCUUCUUUACCAUCUUUCAAUAAUUCAUUAUUCUCAAAUCCGAUUCCACUUUCAACACCCAACCGAUCGAUCACAAGAAAAACCACCGAACCAAGUGAUCGAUUUAAUCAACUUCAUCCAAUCUUUACAUUACCUAUUACUGAGCGAGCUUACUUAAUCGAUCAUGGGGUUUGGGGUAAAGAAACUUAUUUGAAAAGUUUUUGGGAUGUCAUUGAUUGGAAAAAGUGUGAAAAGGCUUAUGAAGCUAGAUGUGAUAUUAAAAGUCAUGAAGGUAAAAGGUGGUAA